AUGGAUUCGCCAUCAGGACUGUUGCUAACGUUGUUGAUGUUGCUCAUCGAGAACAGUAAUUCGUCGUCCAAUGAGGACCGAGCCAGAUGCAGUGCAUACACUGAGCAGUCUAUUUCCAAAUGUCUCAAGCCAAUGUUGGAUUAUGCGAGCAAAUUGCAAUCAGAAACGGGUGCUAUGCAAUUUCCAGUUCAAGGGUCCGAUAUCUUUCAAGAUCUGUGCAGAAUAUACAGCGAAUUCAAGGGUUGCACACAUGAUGUAAACUGCGCGAGUUUAUCGAUGGAUGCAGUUGAUGCGAGUUAUGGGUUUAUGUGCGGAUCGGGUUUCGAUCUUUUCAAAAAGCAUGCCAUGUGCUUUGCUGAGGUGGAAUCACUGAAGGAAUAUAUCAAAUGUAAGAUCGCCGCAAGUGAAGAGAUUUCAGAUGCGCAACAUCUUAAAGGACACGAUAAUAAUGAACAAUAUUUCAAGGCAUUAUGUUCAGUGAUGGAUGGUUAUCUGAGAUGCAGUCAUCCAAUAAUCAAUGAGCAUUGCGGUAAUGAGGCCUGGGAACUCGUCACUAAGGUGACCAAAGACAGUCUUCGAGUGACGAUGCCAACUUGUGAUAUGCAUAAUGCAUUACUGUAG